CUUCAUUUUCCACCCCAACAUGUUGGCAGGAGGAGAAAGAGGAGGAUGUUGCGCUCUACCCUUGGUGCGUUUUUGCCACCACUCCGGCCAGCGCACACUGCCUCUGACUCAGACUCAGCCUCAGCUUUCAGCCGUCCCCGCCUGAAAGACUUGAGAGGGGAGGUGGAGAAGGACUCGAAGACUAAGCUGGAGCUUAGGAGCUCUCACUUCAGGGUCCUCAACAGGAACAACAACAGCAGGAGAACAGAAAAGAGCAACUGCUCCUCAUCUGUGGUGGAAACUACUCAUACCUCAGCAGUGACCACCUCCUCUUUUUCCUCCCUCUCAGCUCCAAGAUCCAUGUGGCAGGAGGCUAUAAGGAGAAAGCGGUAUCUCCUUGACCGGACAGGGGAGUCUGAAGUAAACAGAAGAGGAGGUGGUGGUGAAGUGAAGAGAAACAAGUCCCCAGACUGGCUGUAUGAAUCAUACUACUGUAUGAGCCAGCAGCAUCCUCUGAUUGUGUUUUUGCUCCUCAUAGUGAUGGGUGCCUGCCUGGCUCUGCUGACUGUGUUCUUUGCUUCAGGACUGAACAUUGCGGACCAUGUGGCCUUUGUAAUCACUGUACCCACGGCACUGGCCAUAUUCCUGGCUGUAUUUGUGCUUGUCUGCAUUGAGUCUGUCUUCAAGAAGCUUUUACGUGUUUUCUCCCUGGUCAUCUGGGCUUGUUUGGUUGCCAUGGGUUACCUUUUUAUGUUUUCUGGAGGGAUCAUCUGUCCGUGGGAUCAGGUAUCAUUCUUCCUGUUCAUUGUGUUUGUGGUUUACACCAUGUUGCCGUUCUCCAUGCGGGACGCCGUCAUCGCCAGUGUUCUAACCUCUGCCUCUCACACCAUCGUGCUGAGUGUCUGCCUGUCCAUCACAGCUGAUCACGUCGAGCCAAUAGUGUGGCAGAUUCUGGCCAAUGUUAUCAUUUUCAUGUGUGGCAACAUGGCUGGAGCGUACCAUAAGCACCUGAUGGAGCUGGCACUCAAACAGACCUACCAGGACACCUGCAACUGCAUCAAGUCCCCAAUUAAACUGGAGUUUGAGAAGAGACAGCAGGAGCGUCUCCUACUGUCUCUGCUGCCAGCUCACAUUGCCCGUGUAAUGAAAGCGGAGAUCAUCCAGAGAUUAAAGGGUCCAAAUUUUGGCCAGAUUGAAAACACAAACAAUUUUCACAACCUCUAUGUCCAGAGGCACACUAAUGUCAGCAUACUUUAUGCUGAUAUAGUAGGAUUCACACGACUGGCCAGUGAUUGCUCACCUGGAGAACUUGUGCACAUGCUGAAUGAACUGUUUGGCAAAUUUGACCAAAUAGCUAAGGAAAAUGAAUGUAUGCGGAUCAAAAUCCUUGGUGACUGUUACUACUGUGUGUCCGGCCUGCCAGAGUCACUGCCGAACCACGCCAAAAACUGUGUAAAAAUGGGUCUAGACAUGUGUGAGGCCAUUAAGAAAGUACGGGACGCCACAGGGGUUGACAUCAACAUGCGUGUUGGAGUGCAUUCUGGGAAUGUCUUGUGUGGUGUCAUUGGACUUCAAAAAUGGCAGUAUGAUGUCUGGUCACAUGAUGUCACACUGGCCAAUCACAUGGAGGCAGGCGGUGUACCAGGGCGAGUCCACAUCACUUCAGUGACACUGGAACACCUAAAUGGUGCCUAUAAGGUGGAAGAUGGGGAUGGACAAGAAAGAGAUCCUUACCUGAAGGAACAUGGAGUCAUCACAUAUCUGGUCAUUAACCCAAAGGUCGAGCGGCGGAGCCCACAGCAUCAUUACCGACCCAGAAACACUCUAGAUGGAGCCAAGAUGAGAGCCUCUGUCAGGAUGACCCGCUAUCUGGAGUCAUGGGGAGCAGCGAAGCCCUUUGCAAACCUGCACCACAGAGACAGCAUGACUAAUGAGAAUGGGAAGAUCAAUACUGCUGACGUGAAGAUGGGGCAGUAUCACUUCCAGAGGAGAUCAGAAAGGACCAAGUCUCAGAAAAAACGGUUUGAGGAGGAGCUCAACGAGAGGAUGAUCAGGACUUUUGAUGGAAUAACGUCACAAAAACAGUGGCUGAAGUCUGAGGACAUUCAAAGAAUAUCGCUGUUCUUUCACAACAAAUCCUUAGAGAAAGAGUACAGAGCAACAAACUUGCCGGCCUUUAAAUACUAUGUCACCUGCGCCUGUUUGAUCUUUUUCUGCAUUUUCAUUGUGCAGAUUCUGGUAUUGCCAAAGACAACAAUCUUGGGAAUAUCCUUUGGAAUGGCUUUUCUCAUCCUUUCCCUUAUCCUCUUUAUAUGUUUCAUUGGACACCUCCUGCACUGCAGUAAAAGCACCUCCACUUCUUGGAUGUGGAUGCUGAGGUCAUCAGUUAUUAUUGCCAACAAACCAUGGCCCCGCAUCACUCUCACCAUGACAACCACAGCUCUAAUACUUAUAAUGGCAGUCUUCAACAUGUUCUUUUUGGAAGACAGCGCGCUGCCUCCAGUUCCUAAUUACAAUUCAUCCAAUGAAACACUGUUUUACAAUAAAGAGGAACUAAUCACCCUCUCUGGGAAAAACAAUUUCUACCUUCCUUAUUUAAUUUACAGUUGCAUCCUGGGCCUGAUCUCCUGCUCAGUGUUCCUGAGGAUAAACUACGAGCUGAAGAUGAUUAUCAUGUUGACAGCAGUUGUGGUCUACAAUGUCAUUAUCCUACAAACACAUGCCUCUCUGCUGGACGAAUACAGCAGAUUUCUGUACGAGACCGAAAGCCUUGACAGACCAGGAGUUCUCAAAGACCUGAAGACUAUGGGCUCUAUAUCCCUCUUUAUCUUCUUCAUCACUCUGCUUGUGCUUGCCAGGCAGAAUGAAUAUUACUGUAGGUUAGACUUUCUCUGGAAGAACAAGUUCAAGAAGGAGUGUGAGGAGAUUGAAACCAUGGAGAACCUCAACCGCGUUUUGCUGGAGAAUGUCCUGCCCGCGCAUGUCGCGGAGCACUUCCUGGCCCGUAACUGGAAGAAUGAGGAUCUGUACCACCAGUCCUACGACCUGGUGUGUGUCAUGUUUGCCUCUAUCCCAGACUUUAAAGAGUUCUACACUGAGUCUGACGUCAACAAAGAAGGAUUAGAGUGCCUCAGGCUCCUCAACGAAAUCAUUGCUGACUUUGAUGAGUUGCUUUCCAAACCAAAGUUCAGCGGUGUGGAAAAGAUCAAGACCAUUGGCAGCACUUAUAUGGCUGCUACUGGGCUGAACACAUCGCCAGGGCCUGAAUACACAUCACAGGAACAUGACAGGCAGUAUAUGCACAUAGGGACCAUGGUAGAGUUUGCAUUUGCCUUGAUGGGAAAACUGGAUCUUAUCAACAAACACUCGUUCAAUGACUUCAAACUCAGAGUUGGUAUUAACCAUGGUCCAGUGAUAGCUGGAGUCAUUGGGGCCCAGAAACCCCAGUAUGAUAUCUGGGGAAACACUGUGAAUGUAGCCAGCAGAAUGGACAGCACCGGAGUCCUGGGGAAAAUACAGGUGACGGAGGAGACGAGUGACAUCCUUCUAACCUUGGGGUACAUGUGCUCUUGUAGAGGCAUCAUCAAUGUCAAGGGCAAAGGAGAGCUUAGGACCUUCUUUGUGCACACGGAGAUGACUCGGUCACUGUCACAGGGGAACGUAAUGCCCUGAGCCUGA